CUACGAUAAUUAGAGAGGGUAUUGUAUGUUGAGAGGAAAUGUGGAGAAUAGUUCUGACCUGUUUGCCUGGACAUACAAUAUUGGGUUGACGGACUUAGAAUUAUUUGAAAAUUACAGUGAAUAUUAAAAAAAUAUUAUUAAUAAUGACUACCAGAAGAGAUAAAGUUCUUGAUUUGUUGAAAAAAACAUCCGUGAUAAAAGUGAGCCACUUAAACCUCUGUCUUUCUUGAACAGUAGUCAGGUUCCUGCAAAAAAUAAUACCAAAUCAGGAGAACCCGAAAUAUGUGAUGCUAAUGUCAACUUUUCACAGUCUUUACCAGAAGCAUCACAUUUAAAAUUCACUAGUGCCCCAGAUCCUCAGUUUUCCAAAGAGAAAUGUUUCUCAAAACUUAUGAUGGACUCCGCUAAUAUACAACCUCCUUCAUCUUUAAUUCCAUAUGAAACAACGACGCUAAUUGCUGAUACAAAUUUUGGCUCCCUCUUUAACUCCCUCCAAAGCAAUGGCUCUGAGCUAUUUGCACAACAAAAACACGAUAUUGAAGAACAAGUUAAUGUCGAAGAUCAUGAGCUAAGUGAUCAACUAUCUUUAAGAUCAGAGUUAGAAGAUCCGUUUGCGAAUUCGAGUAGCGAAGAUCCCGAUUUCGUUCCCUCGGAUGAAAACGGGAUGUGCAAGAAAAUCAGGCUGAUGUUGAGGGUAAAAGCAAAACAAGGAAAAGGAAAAGGCAGAAGAGUGGUUGGAAAAGAAAUAUUAUUAAAUCUGCCAGGAAUGGUGGAGCUGAAUACAAAAACUGGAAUGGAAAUUUUCAGAAUAAAAGGAGUAUCAAGCCGGCUUGUCAAAAUUGUAGAAAGAGAUGCAAUGAGAACUUCUCAGAAGAAGAACGCUCUGCAAUAUUUAAAGCUUUUUGGGAUCUACAGGACAUUAAUAGACAGCGUGAUUAUAUUGCCAAGGAGGUUGGUGUUCAAAAUACACAACGUUCUCGUCCGAGAUCAAAAAAAUCAGAACAUGACAACUUAG